GAUGUUACAUCUAAGAGGAAAUAAUCCAGGCAAGGAAGCACAAGCUGAUCAAGAUGUGUAGCUCCGUGGCUGCCAAGUUGUGGUUUUUGACAGAUCGUCGCAUCAGGGAAGACUAUCCUCAAAAAGAGAUUUUACGAGCACUGAAGGCCAAAUGUUGUGAGGAGGAACUGGACUUUAGGGCUGUGGUGAUGGAUGAGGUGGUGCUGACAAUCGAGCAAGGAAACCUGGGUCUACGGAUCAAUGGAGAGCUAAUCACUGCCUACCCACAAGUUGUAGUAGUCAGAGUACCAACCCCGUGGGUGCAAAGUGAUAGUGACAUUACUGUUUUGCGCCAUCUACAGAAGAUGGGAUGCCGGUUGAUGAACCGACCUCAAGCCAUCCUGAACUGCGUUAAUAAGUUCUGGACAUUUCAAGAGUUGGCUGGCCGUGGUGUUCCUCUGCCAGACACUUUCUCUUAUGGUGGCCAUGAAAAUUCUGCUAAAAUGAUUGAUGAAGCAGAAGUACUGGAGUUCCCAAUGGUAGUAAAGAAUACGCGGGGUCAUAGAGGUAAAGCUGUUUUCUUGGCUCGAGAUAAGCACCAUUUGGCUGAUCUAAGCCAUCUUAUUCGCCACGAAGCGCCAUACCUGUUCCAGAAGUAUGUUAAGGAGUCUCAUGGACGGGAUGUAUGUGUCAUUGUCGUGGGAGGCCGUGUGGUUGGCACCAUGUUGCGUUGUUCAACAGAUGGGAGAAUGCAAAGCAACUGCUCAUUAGGUGGUGUGGGGAUAAUGUGCUCACUGAGUGAACAAGGGAAGCAGCUAGCUAUCCAGGUGUCUAAUAUCCUGGGGAUGGACGUGUGUGGCAUUGACCUGUUGAUGAAAGAUGACGGCUCCUUCUGCGUCUGUGAGGCCAAUGCAAAUGUAGGUUUCAUCGCCUUUCAUAAGGCUUGUAAUCUAGAUGUAGCUGGUAUCAUAGCAGACUAUGCCGCCUCCCUUCUACCCUCUGGCCGGCUCACCCGGCGUAUGUCCCUGCUCUCCGUGGUGUCCACGGCCAGUGAGACUAGUGAGCCGGAGCUGGGUCCCCCAGCCAGCACUGCUGUUGACAACAUCAGAGCAAGUUCCAGCUCUGUUGACAGUGACCCUGAAAGUACGGAGCGAGAGCUGCUCACCAAGCUCCCAGGGGGCCUGUUCAACAUGAACCAGCUGCUAGCCAAUGAAAUCAAACUACUGGUGGACUGAUUCCACUGGUAAUUAACCAACAAAACUCUUGUAAACCUUACUUUCUUUUUUUCUUUUCUAUUUUUAAAACCAACUUGCAAUGCUGUUCAUGGAGGAUGCUCAGGAAGAUGAGAGAAAAUUAGUAGGAUUAGUUGGAGGCAGUGGGAAAUAGAUGAGACCUCUGCUAAUAAGAUGUUACUUUCAUUUACAAUUCCUACAAAUAGAGAGGCAGAAUAGGUGGGAUAUAGAAAAAUGUUAGGCUCUCAUAGUUACCCUUUUAAAUUUCUAAAAAAUUUUGUAUGCUCAUAGGCCAUGAGGAACAUAUACUUUUAUUUUAUGGUUCCUUGCUUUUGUUUUUGUACAAAAAAUGAUUUUGCUACAAAUAUCCAAGUAGCAUAACUUCACAUUGUGUUGCAAAAUUUGUCAUCGGUGAGGAAAACAUCUGCCUAAAUUACAGGAAUUCUUGUAUUAUAUAGCUCUGAAAAUUCUGCCAUUUCCUUAUUAGUAGCUUUAGUUUGUAGUUUAUGAAAUCUUGAGGGGCUCUUUUCCUGGGAUUUCUUACUUUUGUGUUUUGUUUUUUCCCCCUUAAUUUGGUGGGAGGGUCAAAGUGAAUAUAACCUAAUAAAGGCUUCUUAAUG